AUGGCUUCAAACGAACAGUUUCGUGUUCAACCCGAGGACCCCGUCUCCUCUUCAGGCGAGCAAGACCCCAACUGCUGGCUUUCAGACCAUUCAGUGCCGCGGCUAGAGCCACAGAAUUUACAAACAUACACUCCCGACCUUACGGAAUCCCAGAAGGCUGUAAGAGAAGCCAUCGGGAAGAUCUGCCAAAAGUACCCAGACGAUUACUGGCUAGCAAGGGAACAAAGUAAAGAGUUCCCUGCCGACUUUUACCAAGACCUCGCCAAAGGAGGAUGGCUAGGUAUUUGCCGACCCGACAAGUAUGGCGGGUUAGGUCUCGGCCUCGCCGAAGCCAGCAUAAAGGCGGAAUGCAGGCGGCAUCUGCUGUCCACAUCAACAUUUUUGGUCUCGAGCCGGUUGCCAAAUUUUGGCACAGAGCAGCAGAAGAAGAAAUUUCUCGAACCGCUCAUGGCUGGGCGGGAGCGAGCCUGCUUUGCCGUGACGGAGCCAGACACCGGACUUGACACGUUGAAAAUACAAGCAAAGGCAGUGCGCAACGGGAACCAUUAUGCACUCUCGGGACAGAAGAUAUGGAUAACUACCGCUCAAACCGCGCAAAAGAUUCUUAUUUUGGCUCGAACCACUCCGAUCAGUCGGGUCAAGAAGUCUUCUGAAGGGCUGUCACUUUUCUACACUGACCUCAACGACAACUUGCCAAUCCAGAUCGCUGAGAUUGAGAAGAUGGGUCACGGAGCUAUUGAUAGCAAUGCCGUCUUUUUCGACGGUUGGAAGGUUCCUGCUAGAGAUAGGAUUGGCGAUGAGGGCUAUGAUUUCAAAUUGAUUAUGCAUGGUAUGAAUGCGGAACGCAUCCUCAUCGGCUGCGAAGCGUUAGGCUUGGGCUACGCUGCAUUGCGCAGAGCUGCAAUCUACUCAAAUGAGCGGGUUGUGUUUGGCAGGCCAAUAGGACAAAACCAAGCAAUACAGCACCCUCUGGCUGACAGCUGGAUGAAUCUGGAAGCAGCUCGACUCAUGCUUGCCCAAGCAGCCAGGAUGUACGACGACGGAUAUGAAAGCGGAGAAUAUGCCAAUGCUGGAAAAUACCUUGCUGCUGAAGCAGCCUUCAAGGCAUGCGAGAGAGCCGUCAUGGGUCAUGGCGGCAUGGGAUACGCCAAAGAGUAUCAUGUGGAACGGUAUCUGAGGGAGGUUUUGAUCCCCAGAAUUGCUCCCGUAACGAAGGAAACGAUAUGUAACUAUAUUGGACAAACAGUCUUGGGGCUGCCGAAAUCAUAUUAA